AUGGUACGGGUUAUGAAAAAAUUGAAGCGUCUUCACCCGAUUCUCAAGGCUUGGAACAGAGAUACCUUUGGGAACUACAAUGUUGCCUUAGCUGAGCUUCAACAGGAUUUGAACUCUCUUCAGGAGGGGAUUGAUGAGCAGGGCUACACGGAUGACCUUUUUGAUCAGGAGGUCAACUUACAGGCUCGUAUUGGCACCGUCCUCUUGUGCAAGUCUGAGCAUUUGCGACAGCAAAGUAGGGUCUCUUGGCUUUCGGAUGGGGAUAUGAACACCCGUUUUUUCCAUUCUAUGGUCCUGGAUUUCUGGUUACAUUCCUUCCUCUGUCACCUCGCCUCACAGGCUGACUUGCUUACUGCUCUCCCUUCAGCAGAUGAUAUUCGUUCGGUGGUCUUCUCCAUGGAUAGAAAUAGUGCUCCCGGUUCAGAUGGUUUUAAUGGGGCCUUCUUUCAGCAUUCUUGGGAAGUGGUGGGGGAUGACAUGGUCGCCGCUGUGAGACGUUUUUUCUCGCAUGGCUAUCUUCCUCAUGGUCUUAAUUCCAACCUGCUUUACCUUCACCUCAAGAAGGCCGAUGCUAUUCUUGUGUCUGACUACCGUCCUAUUGUGCUUGGAAAUUUCUUCAUCAAAGUCAUCACCAAAAUUCUGACCUCUCGGUUGAAUGCGGUGGCGGCAGAGAUUGUUACGGCCAACCAGUUUGGUUUUAACUGCAUGGAGCGUUCGAUUCAGGAGAGGAAUAUAGCCCUGAAGGUCGAUAUCAGGAAGGCUUUUGACACCCUGAGUUGGGAGUUUGUUGAUGUUGUUCUGGAUAGCUUUGGGUUCCCUCCUCUUUUCGGCAGUGGAUCAAGCUGCUCGCGUGGGGUCAAGCAGGGAGACCCUUUGUCUCCGAUUUUGUUUGGCUUGGCGAAUGAGGUUUUGAGUCGCCUUCUCUUGGAUGUUGGGGAUGGGGGCCUUAUUGCUUGUAUGCGGAUGUCGCGGUCCCUGCUCUUUCCUUCUCAUCUUCUGUAUGCUAAUGAUGUUCUUUUAUUUUGCAAGGCUGAGAGGCGUAGUUGCCGGAUGAUUGAGUCUAUUCUCCUGAUUUAUGCCUCCGUCUCUGGUCAGUUUUGCAAUAAGGCCAAGUCCACGAUUUACUUUGGCAAAGGCGUCGUGCCUCCUCUGCUCGGCUUGCUUGCAUUCGGGAGCAUUAUUGCCCAUUUUCCUAGAUGGCAGGGCAUGCAGUUGUCUAUGGCAAGUCGUAUUUGUUUGGUCACCUCGGUCAUUCAGAGUGCGGCAAUUUACAUCAUGUUGAUUUACAAGUGGCCGGCUAAGCUUUUGCAUGAUUUGGAUCGUGCCUGUCGAUCUUUUAUCUGGACGGGCAGCACCACUUCCAAGCCAAAGUCUUCGGUAGCUUGGAACUGUGUCUGUGCUCCUAAGGCUCAAGGUGGUCUGAAUGUGAACUGGUUAGGCUACAAGCUCGUUGACAGGAUUGGGAUUCCAGUUGCGGUUCACCAUUCUCUCAUGCAGCCGAUCUCGGACUAUUACUUUGAUGACACAUGGCAUUUCACUCUGGAUUUCUUGCAGGCUUUUCCGGACAUUGCUUUUGACAUUGUCUCUGUUCCUAUCAGUGGUGGGCAGGAUUGCCGGGCUUGGACUCAUUCUCAUUUUGGUGAGGUUUCCUCCUCGCUUGCCAUGGAUCAUAUUCGUCAUAGUUUCCCGUCGGUGGUUGGGGCAAAUGGAUUUGGGCACCGUUUAUUCUGGUGCGCCGGUCUAUUGUUACUUGGCGUGUUAUUCUGGGCCGUCUCUCUACGGCCAGUUCUAUGCGUCGUUCUGGUUACAUUGGUCCGGGCUGGUGUCCACUUUGCAGGAAUGCGGGAGAGGAUAUCGAUCAUCUUUUUUGGGAGUGUGCUAUUGCUAGACAUGUUUGGAGCUUCCUUUUCACUUGGUUCAGGAGCUGUGUUCGAUGUGGCUCCAGUUUCUGCGGUGGCUCUGACGAUUCAUGUCAAGGCCUUCAUUUCGAAAGCCUCUCGGUUCAGUUUGGGUGAGAUGGCUAACUCGGUUGAGGAGUUGCUUAUUCUUCAUGGUCUUGGGGUGCCGGGUAGACCUCGACGUCCUAUUUUCUACAUCUAUGUCUUCUGGCUUCCUCCUCCUCAUCCAUGGCGGAAGAUCAACAUUGAUGGCUCAGUUCAUGGCUCUCCUCCUCUCAUUCAUGCUGGUGGGGUUAUUUGGGAUUCUUCGUCUGUUUUGGGUUGCUGCCAUUUCUCUGCUGGCCGUGGCUGA